AUGGCACCGCGUCGCUCAGCUCGCCUGAGAGGCAACACCCCGGUCACAGAGGACCAGUUUCCCGCUGUGCCCACCACCACUCCCGCAAAACUCGCGCCUGUGGUUGAAAACAACGCGACACAAACCAAAGACAAUGCCGCCAAAACAAUCACCACCCCAAAGAGCCAGCCUUCGGUGAAAAAAUCCAUACUGUCGCCUAUUGAGAAACCAUCUAUGAAAACACCUUCAACGAUUGGUAGUGCGCGCCCACCUCGUGAAGAAAUGCACCCUAGCAAAGCACAGAAGAGCACAACUAAAAAGCUUGACUCUGGCCUUAUCCUUGGGUUUCAGCCGGUUCAACGCGACUCAAGCGGAAACGUCAUCAAAGAAACCUUGACUUCCAACACACCCUCGAAAGUCCUGUCAUCCCCUCCCAGCAACCUGGGUACUCCUUCCAAGUUCGGCUUUAAAUUUUCAAGCGACGAUGCCGAACUCAGCGAAGAUGCUAGAAAGUUGAUGGAGAGCGUUCGCGAGGAUGUAGCUAGAAUUAAGGCACAGAUGAUACUCGAUCGAGGCGAACAAAAGCGCAAGGCAGAAGCUGGGGAGCAGACACUCGAGGGAAGGAGAAUUGCCAAGCCCAAAGGCAAGGCAGGACGCUACAGCGAUGCUCACAUGGCAGAGUUCAAGAAGAUGGACUCUAUUGCUGGGCAUCCUUCCGCUUUCCGAGCAGAGUCAGCUCGCUUCACUCCUGUCACCAAAUCAUUGAAACGAAAGAACUCGAAGGCAUCGCUUGACGAGCCAGAGACCCAACCAUCACCUUCAAAGUCUCCUCUCAUUGAAGCCAAACGUGUGAAACGCACCGAAAUCAAGACGACUACCACUACUCGUCAGCUAGGAAACAUUGGUACCCCAUGCAAAAUGGCUAUUCCCCAACCGUCCAGAUCGACAUUCCGUAGCAGCUCUUUGAUGACUCCUACGAGAUCCUCGGCUGCCCGUUUUGCAUCGGCACGGCCUAUGAAGACUUCUAUGAUUCCUUCUCUGGCUGAUUCUUUAGUGUCUCGUCAGGCUCUACCCCAAACUCCAAAAACCGAGUUCAACCCUAGACUCAAAAAAUCGCUACCAAGUCUCGGAAAUUUAAAGUCAAUCUUGAGGCGUCGUCAGCCACUGUUUUCAGAUGACCCUGCAAAGAUAGCUGCAGGAACGCACAUUACAGCUCCGAAUUUCAAUCCUGACAUCAACUUGAAGGAUCUCCCAACAGCAAACUUCAGUGGUAUCGAACAGACACCAUCUCCUAAGAAGCGUGUGGAAUUCACAUCAAGCACAAAGUCUCGCCGUGAGUCAGUUCUUGCUACACCGACUGCAAUUGAGUUUCCACCUGAAGCUAUCGCUGCCUCCACGUCCGAUAUUGUGUAUCCGGUUCUUCCAGAAACAAUGACACCCGAAAAGGAAGUCAUCGACACGCCCACCAUCCGACGUGUUCGUGAAUCAAUUCCUGCUGCUCCUUAUAGUCCUCUUUCGACAAUUCCUGCUAUACCUCAUGGUAUUCCGAAUAAAGAGCGUAAGCAUGACAGCAAGAAAGAACAGGCUGUCAAUUUCUCCUCGCCAGCCCUCAAAACAGCUUUCUCGGUCCCUUCCGCAGCCAGUCCUUUCCCUCAAAUGCCGACAGUGCCACAUGGAAUCUCGAACGAAAAGCGCUCACGUGAGGAGCAUGGCAAGAAGCUAGAGGCUAAAUCGACUCCAAUUUUGAAGACGACGUCGUCACCUUUGAAGGCAAAGAGUCCAUCCGCUAGUUUACUCGCAAUGCCUCAUGGUAUCAAAAACAAGAAACGCCAGCGUGCAGACAUGAGCGAUGAUGAGGACACCGAGAACAUUCCACCUACUGCAAACUCUGUUGCUGAACGCAAUGCCAAACGUUUGAAAGUCAGCCCAAUGAAGUUGAAUCCAGUCAGUCCCAGCCCUAUCAAGAACCGCUCCAUCAUUACUCCUGGGCGCAUGACAGGCAACAAGGGCCGAGUUAGCACUCCGGGCACUGCAUCGAAGAAAGGCGUUCUUAGCUUGAGCCGCUUGAAUAUGCUGUCUAAGCCAAAGUUGCGUUCUUAG